UGACGAGGACCCUGGCGUUAGCCGGGACCGCAACUAAAAAUGACUACAGUUCCCAGAGGGCAGUGCGCCAACUCCAAGUGGAGGUCGGGUUGCGGGGCAUGCUAGGAUUUGUAGUGUCAGCUGCCUUCACAAUCUAGGCUGUUUCGAAGACAUAAGCUUCUUUAUCUUGAGAAUGUAUUUGGCCGUUUUGGCAGACGUCGCGGCUGAAAGGGUGUAGAGCUUCUUAUUUGUGUACUUGAGAAACUUCAAGGAUCAACUGCAAGCCAGCAAAUUUAGAAGAGUCAAGGCCUUCAGUGAGCUCUUUCUGUAGGUUGGGUGGUCCAAACAGCAGGAUGGGAUAAAGACAAGACUAAGCCAGGUUGGGCUACAGAAAAAGGGCGGAGCCUCCAAGCAGUCUCUUGGCAACCGGAUCUGGCUGCCAAACCGCCAAAGCUUGUUAGCGCAAUGAUCUCUGGGAAUAGUAGUUCAAUUGGAAGGGCUUUUUAGGAGCCUCGUGACUGCCGGCCCGCGGCCUGAGGACUACAACUCCCGACGGCCAUCAUGAGGGCCAGUGGGUGGGAAGGGCCCCCGACGAGCUCCGACCGGGAUUCCAUACUUCCCAAUGACAGCAGCGACGGGAAGCCGGCGGGCGCUACUCUGGCGCCAAGGCCUCUGGUCACCCGAGGAGCAACAUUGGACACUUCCCUACGUAACUCCCAUCUCUGGGUCCCGAGUCCGUGCAUGGCGAAGUCCCCGGAGAACUCUACCCUGGAGGAGAUUCUGGGGCAGUAUCAGCGUAGUCUCCGGGAACGUGCUAAUAGAAGCAUUCACCAGCUGAAGUGUGCCCUGAGAGAAGGUGAUGGCACCGUUGGAGAAGAUGCUGGGGAUCCUACUUUUAGUCCCAGUGUGGAAAGUGAGGACGCCAGGACCACCUGGCAUGAACUGCGACACAGCCAUGCUGUUAAUCAGCUCAAAGCUUUGUUGAGCCAACAAGCAACUAAGGAAAGUGAGGUGUCUCCAUUAAGAAGGCGAAAAGUGUCCCCUCUGAGGGUGUCAGAAGAAGAGGAAGCCAACAUGCCUACUAUCCACAAUCUGGUUCCGAUCAUCAAUGACCAGUCUCAGUACAUUCAUCAUUUAGAGGCAGAAGUCAAGUUCUGCAAGGAGGAACUCUCUGGAAUGAAAAAUAGGGUACAAGUAGUUGUGCUUGAAAAUGAAAGGCUCCAACAAGAGCUGAAAUCUCAAAGACAAGAGGAAGCAAUGAGGGAACAAACACUUCUGGAUGCAUCUGAAAACAUGCAGAAUUCUUGGAUUACAACAGGGGAAGAUUCUGGGGUGGAUAAAGCUGCCAAGAGACGAUUCUCCCAUGGCCGGGCGGACAUUGUCAAUGGUGCAUAUGCUGGAGAGGCUGAAAAAUGGAAAUUAGAACUGGAGAGACUGAAACUUACUUAUGAACAAAAGAGUGAAGUCCUAGAAUCUCAAUUAAGGGUUUUGAGGAAAGACUUAGCUGAAUAUCAGAAAAAUUGCGAAGAUCUUAAAGGGCGACUGAAGCAUAAAGAGUCUCUCCUGGCGGCAAAUACUUCUAACCGGGCUGGUGGCCUGUGUUUGAAAUGUGCUCAGCAUGAAGCUGUUCUUUCCCAGACCCAUAAUAAUGUUCACAUGCAGACCAUUGAAAGACUGACUAAGGAGAGAGAUGACUUAAUGUCUGCACUAGUUUCCGUCAGGAGCAGCUUGGCAGACAUGCGGCAAAGAGAAGCCGGUGCUUAUGAGCAGGUGAAGCAUGCCAUGCUGGUGGCUGAGGAAGCCAGCUUCGAGAAGACCAAGGCUUUAAUCCAGUGUGAACAGUUGAAGAACGAACUGGAGAGGCAGAAAGAGCGACUUGAAAAAGAACUCGCAUCUCAGCAAGAGAAACGGGCCUCUGAGAAAGAGAUGAUGAAAAAGAAAAUGACAGAAGAAAGGGAGGCGGUGGAAUCAAAGAUAUUGUCCCUGUCUCAAAAUAUUGCCCAACUGGAGGUCCAGGUUGAAAAGGCUACAAGAGAGAAGAUUUCAGCUAUUAAUCAACUAGAGGAAAUUCAAAACCAGCUUGCUUCCAAGGAAAUGGAUGUCACAAAGGUGUGUGGGGAAAUGCGCUAUCAGUUGAAUAAAACCAAAAUGGAGAAGGAUGAGGCAGAGAAGGAGCACAGAGAGUACAGAACAAAAACUAAACGGGAUCUUGAAAUGAAAGAUCAGGAAAUAGAGAAAUUGAGAUUAGAAGUCAGUGAAAGCAAACAGCACUUGGAACGGGAGCAGCAGAAGGCAGCCGGGGCCAGAGAGGAGUGUCUGGAACUGACAGAUCUGCUGAGCGAAUCCCAGCACCAACUGCACCUCACCAGACUGGAGAAAGAUAGCAUUCAGCAGAGCCUUAGCCACGAAGCAAAGGCCCAGGCCCUUCAGGCCCAGCAAAGAGAGCAGGAGCUGACACAGAAGAUACAGCAAAUGGAGGCCCAGCAUGACAAAACUGAAAAUGAACAGUAUUCACUGAUGGCCUCCCAGAAUAUAUUUUUGACAAAGUUAAAGGAAGAGUACUGUGCAUUAGCCAAGAAACUGGAACAAAUCUCCCAAAAAAGCAGAUCUGAAAUAGCUCAGCUCAGUCAAGAGAAAAGGUAUACAUAUGACAGACUGGAAAAGUUACAGAGAAGAAAUGAGGAAUUGGAGGAACAGUGUGUCCAACAUGGGAGACUGCAUGAGAUAAUGAAGCAAAGGCACCUUGCUGGAGGUGGAGAGCUGAACAAGACCCCACUCCUGUCCUCAGGGAACCCAAGUUUAGUGACAGUGGCAGACAAGCCACGACUGCAGAUGGGGCCACGGUGGGGACCCGUGUGGCCAGCUUCGGUCCAGUCUUCCGAGUCGAGCUUCUGCACCCUGUGGCCCGAAAGGGCGAGGGCCGGGUGGCCAGGAGGCCUGGGAGCCAGGCGACCAGAGGUGGGCCCCCCACGAGGGAGACACACGCUAUCUGACCCGGUCAUCCUGGCUCUUACCCUGCUGGCGGCCUGGGCUUGGGCAGACAACGGACUCCUGUGCCUCUUCUCUCGGGCCCCACCCGGUGCAGGUGGACAAGAGUAACCUGCCGUUGGCUCUUGUCAGGAGGACCGCUCGCCCGGGAACAGAAGAGAAGUGAUUGCGUAUUUCACAGUCAGGCAUUUGCACCUUUUACAUCCAUAUGUAGGUUGAAAAGUGUUCUUCAUUUCCAUGAGGAAGCCCCUGUCCUAGUGAAAGUGCGGGUCUGAGCCUUUGAGAGCACUUCUCUAGGAAGGGGACGGCAAAACUUUACCGUAGCCAGAGUGACCAAAGGAAGGGGUUCCAGUCUGAAAACAUUUUAGGUUAAAAGACAUUUACCCACACCCUCCCCCAAACCGAAGGCGGAAAAACACUCCACAGUAGUCAGUAGGACGCUCCCAGGUGGGACUAUUGAGUGAAACUCAAACCUCGAAUCAAGAACACAUGUAUUUAUGGGGGUACCGGCCCCUCUGGAGGCGGAGGGGGGCCAGCCUGGAGAAAACCCCAUGGGAAGCAGCCCCGUGGUGUUGGUACCAGGCUCACAAGUGUUCAUUUGGUUAU